AUGAUAGGGGAUCUUUUCCGUAAGAGAGAUACCAGCUCUCUAGCCUCGGCUGGCCCUACUCAAACAGGUUCUUCGGGGAUGAUUGGAAUGCCACAGAUCAAAGCUCCCUCAUGCUACUCGCAAGAGAAUGAAAAUACGGCAGGAAUCCCAGGAAAUCCGUCCACUUUUAAUUUAAACCACCCGUUAUCAUCCAUCCCACUCUCCCAUCUUAGCAGAGAGCAUGGUAAUACACUAUCUUCCAAUUAUGAGAUGAAUAACAUCCACAGGGUGCCUCUGCCAGAAGGCGAUACUUUGACGGAUCAAACAAAUGUAAAUAUGCCGUCACUUUACGGCUUGAGCCCAGACAUGAAGUUGCCAUCUCCGACCUUUAGGUUGUCGGAUAAAUUACCCUGUAUCAGAAUGGUGAUAGUUCAAGACGCAGGAAUAAGGAAGAAACAACCGCUUUUUGAUUCCGCAGUUGUGUUCAACAAAAACUUCUCAGCAAUGCAACAGAAGCUGAAUAAGAAAAUACAUCAUUCUAUAAAUGAGCUCUCCUUAUUCAUGUUUGGCUCAUUUGGAAUGCCUAUUUCAGAAAAUAAUAUUUCAACUAAAAUUCAUUAUCUACCUUCACUACCUGGCAUGCCCUCCUCGAUAUUGAUAACGAGACUGUUUUCGAUUGAUGCCUCAUUUGUUUUAAAACCAAGUCAAACUUGUCAGGAUAUUUCUGACUGGCAUCCAACUCCGUUAAUUAGAACAAAUGAAAUGCCCCAACAUGAGAAUACUUCGAUCAGAUUUUCCAUAGGCCUGGUAAUUCCAACCUCAUCAUCAAUGGAGUCAGUGAGAGAUGAAGUAACCGAGAAUUGGCUGGAAUUUUCGAAAUCCUUUUUGGAUAUACAGAACCUUAUAGUCAUUAAAUUAAAAAAUCUUCAUUUCAUUCAACAGAGAAUUAAAUUAAAACCAAUACAGCAAGUCCAGGUAUCGGUCAACAGUUCAGUAAGUUGUAUGGAUAACUCAAAAUUGGACAAACUUAAUUUCCAAGCGUAUUGUUUACAAUCUGACCCAGAGGUUUAUCAGGAGUUUUCCUCUUUUAUUAAAAGCAUUGUAUCUCUCAUUGAAAUACCACGGCUUUUUAUAGACAUUAAACACUCAAACCAAUCGUUAAUAGACUGGGCUUCUACUCUUUCGCUUUGGCUUGAGUUAAAAGAUGGAAGGUCACACUGUUAUGAUAACGUGGAUAUGAUCCAUACCUCAAUGCAAGAAACCUUCACAGGAAGUACACCACUUAAUGCUACGAACUCGAUCAAGUUUCUAGCUUUUUUGUUGUCUAUUUUGCUACCUCUCAGGAAUAAGCUGUUUUCGAGUCCACAUAAAGAGGCAACCCUUUAUUCUACAAUGAGAAUCGUAAUUGGUACAGCUAACCCGGUUGUGUCACAAAAACUGAUUUUAAUUUUGGCUGGAUUAUUGGGUUAUGAAGAAUAUUCUGGAUUGUACGACGAAUCACUUGAUUUAAAGAUUGACAGGAAAAACAGAAGUAGAAAUGGUUCUAUUGCUGUAGAUUCACGUCCUGAUCCCAUUCCAAUUCCGUCAGGAAAGACCAGCGAUGACGCAUCAACUGGAACUCCAGUAUGCUCUGUUCAAACAAGAAACAAUUCUUUAGUUGUUGACUCGUUGAAUAUGAGCAUCGAAAAUAGCGUGAAAUACCCCAAUUCCCCCUCUGUGUCCACAUUUUCAGCCAAUGUUAAACCACAAAGAAUCAGUGUUCCUUCACUGACCAGAACAUCUUCAUAUGCUUCUUUGCAGAAUCUAUCGAGCUCCUAUAAUAACAGCGUUGGCUCUCAGAGUUCAUGGAGAGCAGGGUUUGGUUCCUUCAUGGAUAGAUGGAAAUCUUCCGUUACACCAUCGCCCACUACUUCCCAACAUUCUCAUGCCUCAUCAAUGCCAUCACCAAACAUUGUUGAGUAUGACGAAUUUCCUUGGUCCAUGAACAAAAAGUCAACGAACUUACUGUCAUCAUCCCCUGCCCCUUCCAUGAUGUCGGAACAGACUUCCUUUUCAAAACACACCGCUAAAUACAAACUUUCAAAUACCCUACACACUAAUACUUAUAAAGCUAAGGGUGAAUAUUCGAUAUCCAGAUCUACUAAUAACUUACUUGGUGCAAAACUGAAUAGCCUAUCUCUUUUAGUUAGUGACCAGAUCAAUCAGAUAAUGCGUGAUGAAUUUGAAUGUUAUUUGGACGCAUGUAAUGAAUCUGUUGUUGAUGUGAGUAUGAAGAACAAGGAUACAUGUAUUACUACGAAUGGUACUGUUAUUCCUCUACCGAUGCUCACGGGAUAUGUUCCACAGUUUAUGCCUAAGUUUUCAAUGUUGGCAUGCCCAAAUAAGUAUGUUCAGGAGCAACUAUUUGUCCCUGCUAUGAAGAAUGACCUUAGAAGAGAUAAUAUUUCAAAUACAACUAUUUUUUCUGUAAAUUUAGGCAUGAGAAGGGUGAACGUUUUGGAAAUGAAAGCAAAAGAAAAAUUUUCUAGAGAUGAAUCUUGUAAGCUAUAUUCUACAAGGAGCUCUUCAGAUUCAAAUUGUAGUACUGAUGGAGAUACAUUGAAAUCCAAGCCGAAAUCCAACUUAACUAAAUCUUUUCAUACCGAAUAUGAGCUAAAUCAAUCUACCCUUUUUGCUCCAAACAAAAUGUCAAAUGCAGAUAAUAUCGACUUUAAAAAAUACAUCAACUCUUUAGAAAAAACUGAUGCAUUAGACAAGAUAUUAGAUAGAAUUUCUCUGACUAUUGAGAAUUUCUUUGAUGAUUUAAGCCUUGCAUCGGAUAAUUCUGAAGAGGAUGGUGAUGAUGAGAAUACCCAGAAAUCUCGAGAGAACGAAUGUUGCGAGAGGAUACGUGACUCAAUCGAAGAAAUCAUGUGUUUGUUUCCGGUCGAGACUUGA